AUGGUGCAGGGCAUUUUGUGGGUUUGGAGCAUGCAGGCUUUUGGUGAAGUUUCGGCCAGUUUCCCACUUAGCCCCAAUUGCUUGUUCUAUCGGACACAAGCGGUUGGCCACCACGGCAUGCUCUCGAAUAAUCUGGUGAUGCUCAGAUAUAAGCUCUCAAGCUCUGAACGCCCCAGCAAACCUGCAAACUUGCAAGCACCCGCAGCCGUCGCGUCAACCAAAGCCUGCACAGCUCCACAAAGCCACGGGGGGCAAAUCAAACAAGGACGAUGGGAAAGCCAGGUACAAAAGCAGCAAUGA